UAGCUGGUGGGGAGUAUUGCCAUCGAAGUACUACGUUUAACACUUUCGUGAGAAUAUUUAUUGUGGGCUUUGGUAGGUGUCGCAGGACCCUCUUCGGAAUGCCGUUUUGGCCCAAAGAUUUUGUAGUGCUGAUUGGUGAAGCGGGCUGCUAUUCAACAGAAUUUAUUUCAUGAACACGUGAAAGAAAGAGGUUCUGGUAACCAUGUUCAACACCUACACAUAAGGCUCCGGAAACUCGCCUCACCACUUUUACCUUGAAAGUGGUAACUGAAAUUUUUGUAUAAACGUAGAUAAUACUUAAUAUUCGACGUGGUUCAUAUCCAAAAUCCGAAGUUUCACAGUAGAUUUACGUUUCGGAGAACCGUUUUCUCGAACUGUUACCAUGGAAACCGUAGCAAACAAUUUAAGGGAAGAACGGUGUAAGUCUUUAAAUGAGCAACCAUAAUGCAAGUGGAAAGAAAACAAUAUUAUAUUGCUGGUAUUAGUGUGGAUUCAUUUAUCAAUUAAUAAUUUGUAGGAUUUGAGGUUUUCACAGUGGUGAGUCUGAAGAUUGCUGUCUUCUGGGUUAUUGCUGGGGAAACUACCAUACUUGCCACUGCUUUAAGAAGAAACAACUAAAAAUGGCUAUGCAGAAACAACCUAAUUCUUCAACCAAAUGCUCAGUGCAUAACAUAAAGAGGCAGUCAUCAAAACUACAAAAGAUAGUGCAACCAGAUGAAAGUAAUUUGACGUUUGAAGAGUUAUUUUCCCUCCCGAAAGCAGUCCUUAGACCUCGUGUUCCUUUUCAUAAGAAAACUAAAUCACAGUUGCAUAAAGAGAAGGAGGGUCAGGUACACCAUAAGUCAUACAUGGCAAUGCGAAAGGAAAGGGAGGAAUUUCGCAAGAAACUUGUUUAUUUUAUUUUUAAGGAAAAUGAAGAAAUACCGGAAACUUUUCAAAUUCCAUCUCGAGAGGAGAAGGAAGUCUUGAGAUACUAUUAUUAUAUCCAUAAUGGAAUCAAUACAGUUUAUGUACCUCCACUUGAGCAAGCAUGUUUGAACAACAUAUAUUCACAGAUAUCAAAGAAACUCCAGACAUACAGUACAGUGAAGGAGCAGCUUACUGAGGAACUGAAGGAAGAGUUCUUGCUAAGUGUAAAGAAAGCAGCUGUAGACUUUGUGCUUCAAGAACCAAGUGAGAGUAACAAUCAGAUAAAGCAGUAUGACUCAAUUUAUAGGCAGGAACUGAAACAGAUGUCCAAGACAUGGAGGCCUACAUUUGAGAGGAAUUUAGCAAAGAUACAAAAGAAUCUGCAUACAGUGAAUCCUUGUUUGGCAAAGGUCCUUGAUCUUUGGUACAAGUCUUUCAGUGAAAUGAGACUUGUGGAUGUGAAGGAAAUUAGCAAGAUUGGUGUUGCUUUUGAGCUGGCAGAAUUUCAGGCACUGGUCUCCACACACAUUGAUGCAGCCAGGGAUCAUCUUAAGACACAGUGGUUUCCAGCCAUUGAGAACAUAUUAUUGCUGGUUGAGGAUGGUGGAGAAGGCCUCCAGGGCAAGAGAAAGAAGCUGUUGCCAAAUCCAGAUUUUCCAAAGAAGAUGUCCCAGUUUUAUAAUUGCUUGGCCACUAUUAUGACCUACCAGUUGCAGUCAUUGUGUCUUGACUCCAUUGUGGACUUAACAGACUUCAUCUGUGAUGUGGGGCUUAUGAAUCCAGGGUUCAUUGUGAAUAUAUCCCUGAGGAACAAGGUCCUUGUCUUUAAACCAUCCUUCAACAGCUACCAUGAUGCUCUACUACACAUGUACGAUGUAAUAACGUCAGCUGUCAGGAACCUACCCCGGCUUGAAACAAAGGUCUGCAUAGACUGGGGAGGAUCCCAGACAGUUCUUAAGCCCAUCAUUCCAGAUGCCAUCAUAGAGAAUUACAAAGAGAGAGUUAACACCAUUCUAGAAGAUCAGAGAAUUGGACCUGAGUUGCGAGUUCAAGAUUUUGAUGAUUAUAUGCACCUUGUUAAUGAUGAGGCCCAGGAGGAAGUAGACAAAUUCCUGUCUGUGGAGCAUCCAUUUGAAGAGUUUGUGCCACUGAUCUUGAAGUACCAUGGACUGGCCCAGGAGAUCCCGUGUAGAGCUGAACAUGUUGUAACAAUGGGGAUGUAUGAGAUGCACCGUAAUGAACUGAUCCAGACUAUGGUGAGGCAGGCACAGGAUCUGAGGGAUCAGCUUUUGGCCCACAUGACACACAGCUACCAAGCCCUAUGUAGACAACUUGGAGAGGAAUAUGAGGAAAUAUCAGCUAAGACACUAACUCUCCCUGCCAACACAGCAGAGCUCAUGGAUUUCAUAACAUAUGUACAGAACAUGGAGAACAAAACUGUGUUGUUAAUGGAGAAUUGGCUGCGAGAGAUUUGCAAGUACAUGCUGUUUCUCGCUGAUUAUACCACUUUCACACAAGUUGAGAUGAAGCAGAACUCUUCUACUUUCCAAUGGUACCUUCGCAUGCCAACUAUUUUUGAUGAACAUCGCCAGAUAGUUGAACAGAAAUCAGCUGAGUAUCAAGAGUUUCUCAGACUCCGAAUUAAGAAAUUUAUUGAGGAUUUGGAAUUAUAUGAAAAGCAACUGGAAGAUUUCAACACAUUUGGCAGCUUAGAAAAUUUGCCCAAGUAUCUUAAGAAGGCACAGCACUUAGACACAUGUAUCCAAAAUGCUCAGGACAAAGUAGAAAGUUUCAAUAAGGAAGAAGUUGCAUAUGGGUGGGAGCAAUCACAAUACCCUCAGCAGAAAGAACUGGUAUGUAAGCUGAGCCCAUACAAGAAGUUAUAUGAAACUGCAACUGACUUUAUUGUAAGACAUGACUUGUGGAUGAACACCCAGGUGGGGUCACAUGAUCCUGAUGAAAUCAGUACUGAUGUGGACACAUGUUACCGAACCAUUCACAAUUUGGAGAAGAUAUUUGCUGAGCAGCUAGCAGUGAAGGAUUUAACUUCCACUAUCCGGGAAAACAUAGAAGAGUUCCGUGAACAUGUGCCCAUCAUUCAAACACUGGGUAAUCCAGGAAUGAAAGAACGACACUGGGAAAAGGUUUCUGAACUUGUUGGCUUUCCAAUCAAACCUGGUCCAGAUUUGACCCUUGCGAAGGUGAUAGACUUUGGAUUGCAAGAGUUUCUUCCACGUUUUAAAAUAAUUAGUGAAGCAGCUACUAAGGAGAAUAACCUUGAGACAGCCUUGAACAAGAUGCAGAAGGAGUGGGAUGAAAUGCUUUUCAGUGUUAGAUUGUACAGAGAAAGUGGCACAUACAUUCUAUGUGCAGUGGAUGACAUACAGUUGUUGCUGGAUGACCACAUUGUCAAGACACAGACUAUGAAGAGCUCUCCAUAUAUAAAGCCAUUUGAACAGGACAUUAUUACAUGGGAAGGCAAACUAACACUGCUACAGGAAGUUCUGGAUGACUGGUUGAAAGUGCAGUCAACUUGGUUAUAUUUGGAGCCAAUUUUCUCAUCACCUGAUAUCCAAGCUCAGAUGCCUGAAGAAGGACGCAGAUUCAGUGCUAUUGAUAAGAUCUGGCGAGACAUCAUGAAGUUGGUGGUCAGUGAUCCAAAGGUGUUAUCUGUGUUGGAAAUUGACAAAAUGCUGGAACGCCUGAAGAAGUGCAGUAGCCUCCUGGAGGUGAUACAGAGAGGUCUCAAUGACUACUUGGAAAAGAAGCGGCUCUACUUUCCGCGAUUUUUUUUCCUGUCAAAUGAUGAACUACUUGAAAUCCUAUCUGAAACGAAGGAUCCCACUCGUGUUCAGCCACAUCUGAAAAAGUGUUUUGAGGGGAUUGCAAGCUUGCAUUUCACAGAUGAUCUGGAUGUCACCACCAUGAAGUCCAGUGAGGGGGAGGAAGUGGUAUUGGUUGAUGUUAUUUCCACAUCGCAUGCCCAGGGUCAGGUAGAGAAGUGGCUGUUGGAGCUGGAGGGGGAUAUGAAGAAAAGUGUUCAUAUGCAAGUGAAGAAUGCAUGGAAGGUGUACCCCACCUGGGACCGAGACUGCUGGGUGCUGAAGUGGCCAGGACAGACUGUGCUCUGUGUUGCCAUGACAUAUUGGACCUCAGAAGUUCACAAUGCAAUCAGAGUUGGACCUGGUGGCCUAAGUGGAUAUCUGGGAGUGUGCAAUGAUCAGAUCAACAAAAUUGUGGAUCUUGUGCGUAGGAAACUUAGCACACAAAACAGGAUCACCCUCGGUGCUCUGAUUGUGUUGGACAUGCAUGCCCGGAAUGUGGUACAAACACUAAUAGACAAGGCAGUAGAUAGGGAUAAUGACUUUCAGUGGCUGUGCCAGCUUCGCUAUUACUGGAGGGACGAAAUGCUAGCAACUAAUAUGAUGAACUCUCAGCUGAUGUAUGGAUAUGAGUACCUUGGAAACUCACCACGUCUCGUCAUCACGCCACUAACUGACCGAUGCUAUAGGACCCUGUUUGGAGCACUGCACUUCCACUUGGGGGGUGCUCCAGAGGGCCCAGCUGGUACAGGGAAGACAGAAACAACAAAGGGACUGGCAAAGGCUGUUGCCAAACAAUGUGUGGUGUUCAAUUGCUCAGAUGGACUUGACCACAUUUCUCUUGGGAAAUUCUUCAAAGGAUUGGCUUCGUGUGGGGCCUGGUUGUGUUUUGAUGAAUUCAACCAUAUUGAUCUUGAGGUGCUUUCUGUGGUGGCACAGCAGAUAUUGACCAUUCAGAGGGCCUUAAGCUUAAGUGUCCAGAAGUUUAUAUUUGAGGGAACAGAAUUAAAGCUAGAUCCUACAUGUGCUGUAUUUAUUACAAUGAACCCAGAACAUGCUGGCCGCACUAAGGUGCCAGACAAUCUCAAGGCAUUGUUUCGACCAGUGGCAAUGAUGGUGCCAGACUAUGCCCUCAUUUCAGAAGUUAUAUUGUGUUCUCAUGGUUUUGUGAAUGCACAACGCCUAGCUGUAAAGAUUGUGACCAUGUACAAACUGUGCUCAGAUCUACUUUCCUCACAGCACCACUAUGAUUAUGGAAUGUGUGCUGUGAAGUCUGUACUGUCCGCUGCUGGAAACCUGAAACUUAAGUACCCAGAAGAGUCUGAGGAUAUCCUAAUACUGCGCUCCAUCAAAGAUGUCAACCUUCCUAAGUUCCUCAGCCAUGAUCUUCCACUCUUUGAGGGCAUUGCAUCAGAUUUAUUUCCUAGGGUCAUUCUGCCAGUGAAAGACUAUACAAUCUUCAACACAGCAGUAAAGAAUGCCUGCAAAAUUGCCAACAUACAGUGUAUACCACCUUUCUUAGAGAAGAUACAGCAGAUCUAUGAAAUGAUGAUUGUGAGGCAUGGCCUCAUAAUUGUGGGAUUUCCAUUUGCAGGCAAGACAACUGCAUACCGCAUGCUGGCAGAUGGCUUGGCUGAACUGGAAGGAAAGGCCUUAAUGGAUGAACACAAAGUUGAGGUCACUGUGAUUAAUCCCAAGUCCAUCACAUUGGGACAGCUGUAUGGGCAGUUUGACCCUGUGUCACGUGAUUGGUCUGAUGGGAUCCUUUCUGCUAGCUACCGUGCAUUUGCGUUAUCAACCAAUCUAAACAGGAAGUGGUUGGUAUUUGAUGGGUCAGUGGAUUCAGUGUGGAUUGAGAAUAUGAACACUGUGCUAGAUGACAACAGAAAACUGUGCCUUGUGUCAGGGGAGGUCAUUCAGCUUGCUCCCACCACCAACCUUUUAUUUGAAGCUAUGGACCUUGAUGUGGCCUCCCCUGCAACAGUGUCUCGCUGUGGCAUUAUUUACAUGGAGCCAGAAACCCUUGGAUGGGAGCCAUUGUUGGAGUCAUGGCUCAGUACUUUGCCACCUAAUCUGAAUGAUCAGAAUAAAGUAAAGUUGCAUGACAUGUUUCUUCGCUUCGGUUAUCCCCUCCUUCAUCUUAUUAGGAAAGGAGGUGUGAGAGAGCUUACAUCAUCCUCUGACUCAAGUUUAAUGCAUUCAAUGAUGAAUUUAUUUGACACUUUCAUGGAUGACUUCUAUGAUGAGAAGUACAUGCAAGGAAUCUCAGACUUGGAUCAAAGAGCCCAGUUGGAGGGUGUGUUCUUCUUCUCAUGUAUAUGGUCACUGGGAGGUACACUGGACACCCAAGGUCGUGCAAGGUUCAACAUUCUGUUUCGAGGAUUGCUGGAGAAGGAAUUUCCAGCAGCUCUGAAGGAAGAGUUUGGGCUGCCAAUGACUGUGAAACCGCCCCUCAAACCAUACAUAUUCCUCAUCCCAGCUCAUGGACUGGUGUAUGACUACCACUUCAUUAAAGAGGGAAAAGGGAAAUGGAAGCUGUGGUCAGAUGAACUCAGUUCUGUGCCUCCAAUUCCUCGUGACAUUCCUGUGAAUCAGAUCAUAGUGCAAACUGUGGAGACAGUCUGCAGCAUUGCUGUAAUCAUGUUGCUUGUAACACACAACAAGCCAGUCAUGUUUGUGGGACCCACAGGCACAGGAAAAUCCAGUUACAUCACUGACAUUUUGCUACAUAAAGUGAACAAGGAAAUGUACAAGCCACUGUUUAUUAACUUCUCUGCACAGACAUCAGCCAAUCAGACACAAGAAAUCAUCAUGAGCAAACUUGAUAGGCGGAGAAGAGGAGUAUAUGGGCCACCACUUGGCAAGCGGUGUGUGGUGUUUGUGGAUGAUGUGAACAUGCCUCUGAAAGAGGUUUAUGGGGCCCAGCCUCCCAUUGAGCUCCUUCGUCAGUGGCUGGACCAUAGGACCUGGUAUGACUGUAAGGAUGUCUCCCCUAUUAAACUGAUUGACAUUCAGCUAAUGUGUGCUAUGGGUCUCAUCAGCCAGGGUGGAAAUACUGUUACCCCAAGAUUUAUGCGCCACUUCAACAUCUUGUGCAUUGAUGAGUUUCAAGAUGAAGUCAUGAUCCAUAUCUUCAGCAAGAUAAUGCUGUGGCAUCUCGAUACAAGAGGAUUCAGCAAAGAGUUUGAUCCAUGCAUUGAGCAGCUGGUAAUGGCAACUUUAGACAUUUAUAAGAAGUCACGAGCCUACUUGCUGCCAACACCUACCAAGUCACAUUACCUAUUCAGCCUGCAAGAUUUCUCAAGGGUUAUCCAGGGUGUGUUGCUAUCUGUACCUGAGGCUAUGGAGGACUUGAUUUCCAUGAAGAGGCUCUGGGUACAUGAAAUCUUGCGAGUGUACUAUGACAAACUGGUUGGUGACAGUGAUCGCAGUUGGUUGUUUGAUCAGCUCAACAUAGUGAUAAAGAACAGACUGGAAGAGGACAUGAAUGAGAUGUUCUUGCAACUCAGAACAGAUAAUGAGAAGGUUGGUGAAGAAAAUAUGAGAAAACUAAUCUACUGUGAUUUUGCUAAUCCUAAGGCUGAUUCAAGGAAUUAUAUUGAGGUUCUAGACUUAAGUCACCUGCGUUCUGUGUGUGAGGGCUAUCUGAAUGAGUUCAAUAAUAUGUCCAGGAAGCCCAUGAAUCUUGUGUUUUUCAGUUAUGCAAUUGAGCAUCUAUCCCGGAUCUGCCGGAUUCUGAAGCAGCCUCAGAGCCAUGGCCUGUUAAUUGGGGUUGGGGGUUCAGGACGACAGUCUCUCACUCGCCUUGCAGCACACAUAUCUGAGUAUGAGCUGUUUCAGGUAGAGGUUUCCAAGCAGUACGGUGUGAAAGAGUGGCAUGACAAUUUGAAGAGCAUCUUGCAACGUAUGAGUUCUACAGAGCAACAUGCAGUGUUUCUCUUCACUGAUUCACAGAUCAAAGAGGAAAUGUUUUUGGAGGACAUCAGUAACUUAUUGAAAUCUGGUGAAGUUCCAAACAUUUUUGGACCAGAAGAGAAAGGAGACAUAUGUGAAAAGAUGAGACAGUUUGACAAACAGCGAGAUAAAUCAAUUCAAACAGAUGGGAGUCUUGAUGCCCUGUUCAACCUGUUUGUGUCUAUAGUAAGGGAUCAGCUGCACAUUGUGCUGGCUAUUAGUCCCAUUGGGGAUGGUUUUCGGAAUCGCAUCCGCAAGUUCCCUGCCAUUGUCAACUGUUGUACCAUAGAUUGGUUUCAGGCUUGGCCUAAUGAUGCUCUGCUGGCUGUGUCUAAUCACUUUCUCGCAGAUGUGGAGUUGACAGAGAAGGAGCAUGAUGCAUGCAUCAGGAUGUGUCAAGAGUUCCACAUGUCCACCCAGAAUUUAUCCGUGGAGUUCUUCAAGAGACUGGGUCGGCACAAUUAUGUGACAGCCACCUCAUACCUUGAGCUUAUCAACACGUUCAAGGAACUUCUGAGCAAGAAAAGAGGGGAAGUGCUAAUGGCAAAGUCUCACUAUGAAGUUGGGAUAGAGAAGCUGGAUCGUGCAGCGGGUGAAGUCUCAUUAAUGCAGGAAGAACAGGUGGCACUGCAGCCCAAGUUGGUUGUAGCAGCUGGUGAGGUGCAAGAGCUGGUAGCCCAAGUGGAAAAGGAUUCUGCAGAUGUGGCAGGGGUGGAAGAAGUGGUGAUGGCAUAUGAGGAGGUGGUGAAUCAGCAAGCAGCUCAUGCUGAAGAAAUAAUGGAUGGGUGUAAUGCUGAUCUUAAUAAGGCAAGGCCAAUGCUGAACACAGCUAUAGCUGCCCUCAGCACGAUCACUCCUAAUGAUAUAAAUAUUGUUAAAACUAUGAAGAGUCCUCCAAAAGGAGUCAAACUGGUCAUGGAGGCUGUUUGUAUUCUCAAGGAUGUGAAACCUGACCGAAUCCCAGAUCCAAGAGGUUCUGGAAGGAUGCUGGAGGAUUACUGGGCUUCUUCCAAGCGAAUGCUAGGAGAUACAAAGUUCCUGGAUUCCCUAAUUGAAUAUGACAAAGACAAUAUCCCACCAGCCAUCAUGAAGAUUUCAGAGCAGAUACUUCCUGAUGAAAACUUUGAUCCUGAGAAAGUUAAAUCUGCAUCCACAGCUGCUGAAGGUCUUUGCAAGUGGGUGAUAGCCUUAUCAGAGUAUGACAAAGUAGCUAAAAUUGUAGAACCCAAGAAACAGGUGCAUGCCAAGGUUGAAGCCGAUCUUGCAGUUGCUCUGACAGCAUUGGAAUUGAAGAGAGCCCAGUUACGUGAAAUGCAGGAUAAACUUUCUCAACUAGAAGUGGUAUUGAGCCAAAAUAAGCAACGCUAUGCCAUGCUGCAUGUAGAAGUGGAGCUUUGCAACAUGAAACUGAAGCGGGCUGAAGAUCUGAUUGGAGGGCUUGGAGGAGAGAGGACUCGCUGGUCUGCUACAGCAAAGGCACUCGGUAAAAAAUACGAAACCCUGACAGGUGAUGUGCUGAUUGCUUCUGGUGUGGUGGCAUACCUAGGAGCCUUCACACUACAGUUCCGUGAGCAGCAGAUAGUCUCCUGGGAGAAGCACUUAACUGAUCUUCAGAUCACAUGCUCAAAAGACUUCAUGCUGGCUGCAGUAUUGGGGGAAGAUGUAGAAAUUAUACAGUGGAACAUCUAUGGAUUACCGAGUGAUACGUUUGCAGUGGAUAAUGGAAUCAUAAUCAAAAAUUCUCAUCGAUAUCCACUGAUGAUUGAUCCUCAAGGUCAAGCUAACAAGUGGGUGAAGAACAUGGAGAAGUCCAACAAUCUGAGUGUUAUCCGCCUUACUAGCCCUGACUAUGCCCGUGUGCUGGAGAAUGGAGUGCAAUUUGGAAUGCCUGUUCUACUAGAAAACAUUGGAGAGGAAUUGGAUGUCAUGUUGGAGCCACUGUUGCAAAAGCAGACAUUCAAACAAGGUGGAUCCUUGUGUAUCAAGCUGGGGGACUCCACUGUAGAGUACAACUUGAACUUCAGGAUGUACAUCACAACAAAGUUACACAAUCCACACUAUCAACCUGAGGUAUUAGUGAAAGUAACCCUGUUGAACUUCAUGGUAACACCUGUUGGGUUGGAGGACCAGCUGCUGGGCAUUACUGUUGCUAAGGAGCAAUCUGACCUGGAGGCAGAGAAGAACCAGCUUAUUAUACAGAGAGCUAAGAAUAAGAGAAUGCUGAAGGAGAUAGAAGACAAGAUACUAGAAGUUUUGUCUGCAUCAGAGGGCAACAUCUUGGAGGAUGAGACAGCUGUUAAUGUGCUCAGUUCCUCAAAGUCACUGGCCAAUGAAAUCCAGGACAAACAGUCUGUGGCUGAGGAGACUGAGAAAUCUGUCGACAAGGCUCGGCUUGUGUACAGACCCAUUGCCAAUUACUCUUCUGUCCUCUACUAUACCAUUGCUGACCUGGCCAACAUCAACCCUAUGUACCAGUAUUCUCUGAUAUGGUUUGUGAGCCUCUUCAAGGCUGCAAUUGACAACACAGAGAAGGUGGAAGAUGUUGAACAACACAUCACAGUCCUCACUAAAUGCUUCACAUACUCAUUAUACGUUAAUGUCUGCAGGGGCUUGUUUGAGAAGGACAAGCUGUUCUUCUCCUUUAUACUGACUGUGAACCUCUUGAGGAACAAGAAUCAGUUGGACGUUCGAGAAUGGAUGUUCCUCUUGACAGGGGGGAUUGGUUUGGGCAAUCCAUAUGCAAAACCUGUUGCCUGGUUGCCACAGAAGAACUGGGAUGGUUGGUGCCAGCUUGAUGAUCUGAAUAAUUUCAAGGGUAUUCGUGUUCACAUGGAGAAGAAUCAAGACAAAUGGAAGGCAGUGUUUGAUGAUGCAGAACCCCAAAAUGCCAAGUUUCCUGCUCCUUGGCCUGAGAAACUAUCGGAGUUUGAAAACAUGCUUGUUCUCCGAUGUAUACGACCUGACAAACUUGUUACAGCUGUUCAGAACUUUGUGCAACACAACUUGGGGAAGGAAUAUGUGGAGCCACCUACAUUUGACCUGACUUCAUCCUUCAGUGACUCAAAUUGUUGUGUGCCACUCAUCUUCUUCUUGACCCCCGGAGCUGAUCCCACAGCUAUACUCCUCAAGUUUGCAGAUGAUCAGGGCUUUGGAGCAAAUCGUUUAUAUAUUCUUUGCUUGGGUCAAGGGCAGGGCCCCAUUGCCAUAAAAUUGGUAGAGGAAGGCAUCCAUAAUGGGACAUGGGUCAUACUUCAAAACUGUCAUUUGGCAGAGAGCUUCAUGCCAACCCUUGAAAAGAUUUGUGAGAGCUUCACACCUGAGACAACACAUCCUGACUUCCGCUUGUGGCUCACAUCAUACCCAGUUGCACAUUUCCCUGUGCAGGUGCUGCAGAAUGGGAUCAAGAUGACUAAUGAACCCCCAAAGGGACUUAGGGCCAACAUCAUCAGGUCAUAUCUCUGUGACCCAAUCAAUGAUUCUGAGUUCAUUGAGAGUUGUAAGCAGUUGGAUAACUUUAAGAGGCUGCUGUAUGGACUAUGCUUCUUCCAUGCACUGGUUCAGGAACGACGCACAUUUGGGCCUCUGGGUUGGAACAUUCCAUACGAGUUCAAUGAGAUAGAUUUAUGCAUCAGUGUUACACAGUUACGAAUGUUUCUUGAUGAAUAUGAGGAUAUUCAAUAUGAAGCACUGAAAUAUCUCACUGGGGAAUGUAACUAUGGUGGACGAGUGACCGAUGAAUGGGACCGCCGCACACUAAACACUAUCCUGGCAAAGUUCUACUGUCCUGAUCUUGUGGAAGAAGACACUUACUACUUUUCUCCAUUUGAUAUCUACUAUGCUCCAAAGGGAAAAGAGAAUGAUCUGUUUGUGAAUUACACGAGCCAACUGCCCCUCAUCACUCACCCUGAGGUAUUUGGCCUGCACGAGAAUGCUGAUAUUAAGAAGAACCAGCAAGAGACUGAGCAGCUACUGAACAACAUACUGCUGACACAGGAUAGAACUGAUAUAGUGUUACAGGAUGCACUUUUAGCAGAGAGCUCAGCAAAGUCUCCAGAUGAAGUAGUGCUGGAAGUGUCAGCUGAUAUAUUGAAUAAGCUUCCCAGGAACUUUGACCUGAAUCUGGCUGUGGAAAAGUAUCCUACACAGUACAAUCAAUCCAUGAACACUGUGCUGGUCCAAGAGAUGGGACGAUACAAUGUCUUAUUGACAUGUAUUGAAAAUAGUCUCAUCAACAUUCAGAAGGCUGUCAAGGGAUAUGUGAUGAUAUCAUCAGAGCUGGAAGAAGUGAUGACAAGCAUCCUGACUGGGAGGAUCCCAUCCAUGUGGAUGCAGCAGUCAUAUCCAUCUUUGAAACCACUUGGCAGCUACAUUACUGAUUUCCUGGCUCGACUUGACUUCCUCCAGAAAUGGUUUGUAGAUGGGCCCCCACCAACAUUUUGGCUGCCUGGGUUUUUCUUCACACAAGCCUUCCUCACAGCAGCACAGAUUAAUUCAGCUCGGAAAUAUAAAAUCCCAAUUGAUAUGCUUGCAUUUGAUUUUGAGGUGAUGAAGGAAUGUGACUACAAAACACCUCCAGAAGAUGGGGUAUACAUAUAUGGUUUAUUCCUAGAUGGAGCUCGUUGGAAUCAUGAAGCAUUCAUUCUUGAUGAGUCACUGCCCAGAGUGUUAUUUAGUUCUGCACCUGUUAUAUGGCUGAAACCAAUGAAGCAGUCAGAUAUUGUACAGCAACAAACAUACAUAUGUCCUGUGUACAAGACGUCUGAAAGACGAGAUGAGCUUUCUGCAAUAGGCCAUUCAACCAACUUUGUUGUUGCCAUAUCAUUGCCAACAGUGAAGCCGGCUAACCACUGGAUUAUGCGCGGGGUGGCCAUGCUUUGCCAGCUGUCAGAGUAGUAACAAUAUCUCUAGUCUCUGAGUUUGCUAUGAGUUUUGAAUUACUUAUAAUAAUAUAAUUUGUGUUAAUUGAUGUGUUAUAUUAUUCUGUGCAAUGGUUCUGUUUCCUUCUUUAUAAUUUUUAAGGUUGUUUUUGUCUUUGUUAUACACGUAAUUUAUUAUGCUGUCAAAUAUUCAGAAUCUCCUGUUUGCUCUGUAUAUAUAUAUAUAUAUAUAGUUGAAACAUAUAUGUUGGAUAUUUUUAGAGUUUAGUUGAGUUUAGAACAUAAAAUAAGCAAACAAACAAACUAUUAACACUAUAAAAAAGACACUAGUGCCAAACACGUUUCAACCUCAAGAGGUCAUCAUCAGUGGCAACAGGAAAUUAAUUCAUUUAAUCAAAAUGGUUUAGAAAACAAAUCAUGAAGUAGAAUAUUUUACAAAAGCAUAUCAAGCAACACUACACUAGCUGUUGGUUUCACAGGAGUUGAACUGUGCACUUAGCUAUUGAUCCAAUGGUCCGGUGGCCAUAACUGGUCUGCGGCGAGCCAUGGUUGCGUCGUCCAUACCUGUGAACUCCAAUGAAGCAUUGGAGUUCACAGGUAAUAGUUUGUUUGUUUGCUUAUUUUAAGUUCUGAUACACUACACAGUAUGCAAAGUUUUAAGAUUAGUUGAGUUUAGAUAUCACAACAUUCUGUAUCCUGUUCCUUACUGUGGUGUAAUAAAUCUGACUAAAUUUUA